UCUUCCUUUAAUAAUUUCAUCGCAUUCCUCACCACACAAACGAAUAUAAUUGAUUAAUUAACUGAUAGAAGAUAAAUUAAAAGCUUGUUAGUGAGUGGUGGAGUUGUUGCUUGAUUGGGAUACGAGAGAAAAACAAAGAGAAGAUGGUGUUGAGGAAAGUGGGAAAAUAUGAGAUUGGAAGGACCAUUGGAGAGGGAACCUUUGCGAAGGUAAAGUUCGCUCAGAACACAGAGACUGGGGAGAGUGUCGCCAUGAAGGUUCUCGAUCGUAGCACCAUCAUCAAGCACAAAAUGAUCGACCAGAUCAAGAGGGAGAUUUCUAUUAUGAAGCUAGUCAGACAUCCAUAUGUUGUUCGUCUGCAUGAGGUUCUAGCAAGCCGUACUAAGAUUUAUAUCAUAUUGGAGUUCAUUACAGGUGGUGAAUUGUUUGAUAAAAUUGUAAGCCAUGGGCGUCUUAGUGAAUCUGAAUCUAGAAGAUACUUCCAACAGCUUAUUGAUGGUGUAGAUUGUUGCCACAGUAAGGGAGUUUAUCAUAGAGACUUAAAGCCUGAAAAUCUUUUACUUGAUUCACAAGGAAAUUUAAAGAUUUCAGAUUUUGGUUUGAGUGCAUUGCCAGAACAGGGGGUUAGCAUGCUCCGGACAACUUGUGGGACUCCUAAUUAUGUAGCUCCUGAGGUACUCAGUCACAAGGGUUAUAAUGGCGCUCCAGCAGAUGUUUGGUCCUGUGGAGUUAUCCUCUAUGUUUUACUUGCUGGAUAUCUUCCCUUUGACGAACUUGAUCUAACUACGUUAUACAGUAAGAUUGAGAAAGCAGAGUUUUCAUGCCCUCCUUGGUUUCCUGUGGAAGCAAAAUCUUUAAUACACAGAACUUUGGACCCAAAUCCUGAUCAUCGUAUAACCAUUCAGCAGAUUAGAAAUGAUGAGUGGUUUCAAAAGGACUACGUGCCUGUCAGUCUCCUCGAGUAUGAAGAUGUAAAUCUGGAUGAUGUAAAUGCUGCAUUUGACAAUGCUGAGGAUCAGAGGACUAAGCAGCAAUGUGAGAAUGAUGACAUGGGCCCUCUAACUCUUAAUGCAUUCGAUAUGAUAGUUUUAUCUCAAGGCCUAAACCUUGCAACACUCUUUGAUCGUGGACAGGACUCUAUGUUGAACCAAACACGUUUCAUUACUCAAAAGCCAUCAAAGGUGGUUUUAUCUAGUAUGGAAGUUGUGGCACAAUCAAUGGGAUUUAAGACGCAUAUUCGCAACUACAAGAUGAGAAUAGAGGGUAUUUCAGCAAGUAAGACUUCUCAUUUCUCAGUUAUACUGGAAGUUUUUGAAAUUGCUCCCACAUUUUUCAUGGUGGACAUUCAUAAAGCAGCUGGAGAUGCAGGUGAAUAUAAGGAGUUUUACAAGAAUUUUUCUAGCAACCUUGAGGAUAUCAUCUGGAAACCGCCUCAUGAAACAAGCAAAUCAUGGAUCUCCAACACUAGAAGCAAAAGGCAGUAGUUUCAUCCCAUGGUAACUUCUGCUCUGAUUGAAAAGAGAAAAAAAGAGUUAUGGAAGAUUGUAUAUUUAUGAAAAGUGUUCACAUGAAAAACCUGAACAUAUAAUGGUUAAAAUGCCAGCUCAGCUGAGCCACCUCUUCAGCAUCUUUAACCAACCCAAGCCUUUUUCACCCCUAUAGAAAUAGAAGACGGAAUUCAAAUUCGAAAUAGAAAAGAAAAGUCAUGUAUUAAUACAAAUAUAUAUGCAAUUUUGUAAGGUUGGCGUUUGUAAAUCUCGUUUUAUCUCCGUUUUUCGAUCCUACCAUUACAUUGUAUCCUGUUCCAGUGUUCCUACAGUCAGAAGGGUGCAAGUGUUGAUUGAAUUGUACGAAUCUUAUUCAGGUUCUCAGCUACCACUUAGAAUAUUGCAGUG